AUGAGUUCAUGGCAAGCAAAUUGUGAUGUAAAGAAAAUUGCAAAGGACUUUGUGUCGUUUCUAAACAAAUCUGUUACACCAUUUCACGUCGUGGAAGAAAGUGUUAAACGGCUCCGAAAUGCUGGGUUUCAAGAGCUGAAAGAAUCAGAUCGUUGGAUUAUUGAACCUUUGAAAAAAUACUUUGUUACUAAGAAUAAGUCUUCGAUUUUUGCGUUUGCUGUUGGAGGUAAAUAUCGUGCUGGUAAUGGCUAUUCCAUUGUUGCUGCACAUACUGAUAGUCCAACAUUACGGGUAAAGCCAGUUUCAAAAAUAUGUGGCGACAAAUAUUUGCAAAUUGGUGUUUCAACAUAUGGUGGAGGCCUGUGGCGAACUUGGUUUGAUCGUGAUCUCAGCAUAGCUGGGCAAGUUAUUUGCAGAAAUGAGAAUAGUAUCGUGCAUAAGCUGAUAAAUAUUGACUCUCCAGUUGUUUAUAUUCCUAAUUUGGCUAUUCAUUUGACGAAUAGUUCUGAACGCAGCAAAUUUGAGUUCAAUAAUGAGACGCAUUUACGACCGAUACUUGCUACUUUAGCUGCUGAAAGAUUAUUUGAACUUAACAAAAAAAAAGAAAGUGAUCGGAAAUGCGACGACACAGAUGCGAGCACUGUACUCAAUGAUCAUCAUUUGGUAUUUCUCCAAACGAUAGCUAAUGCAGCUGGUUCUAAACCGGAUAGCAUACUGGAUCUUGAUUUGUAUCUUUAUGAUCACCAAAAAGCGACGAUUGGAGGAGUAUACGAAGAAUUUAUUACUGGUCAACGACUAGACAAUUUAGUUGGCGCGUACACUUGCAUUUCCGGACUUCUUGAAAGUCUAAAUGAAAAAGACGCACUUGAAAAUGAUGGAAAUAUCAGAUUAGCUGCAUGUUAUGAUAAUGAGGAAUGUGGAAGCAAUUCAGCACAAGGUGCUGGAAGCAGUUUUACGGAAUGGGUUUUGCGACGCAUCGCAGCAGCUAAUGACUCACCAAAUGCAUUUGAGGAAGCUAUCGGGAAAUCAUUUCUGAUCAGUGCAGAUCAAGCACAUGCAGUACAUCCAAAUUAUAAAGAUAAACAUGAAGAGUGCCAUAGACCAGAUCUUCAUGGUGGUGUCGUAGUGAAGAUCAACGUUGACCAGCGUUACGCUACUACAGCUACCACCCACAGUGUUCUCAAGCAAAUUGCACACUUAGCUAAUAUACCAUUACAAAAGGUAGUGGUUCGAAAUGAUAUGCCGUGCGGUUCAACGAUUGGACCAAUACUUGCGACUAACUUAGGCAUUCAAGCGGUGGAUGUAGGCUGUCCUCAAUUGGCAAUGCAUUCCAUACGCGAAAUGACGAGUACAUCAAGCAUUUCCCAAGCUAUAGCGCUAUACUCAGCUUUCUAUCAGCACAUAUCGCAGGUAUUGGCAUCAAUUUCCUAA